AAGACGUCAUACUUACGCGACCAAAGCACUGCUACUGUUGCCGCAGAAAAACACUGGAAGCUUCUUCUCAGGGACUUUUGACACUUCAAACUAUGUCGACUGCUAUGAAUUUCGGGUCGAAGAGUUUUAAACCUCGGGCUCCUGACAAAGGCUCGUUCCCUCUGGAUCAUUUCGGGGAGUGUAAAACCUUCAAGGAGACGUUUAUGAAAUGCCUGAGAGACAACAGUUUUGACAACUCAAUGUGCAGACUGCAGUCCAAAGACUACCUCGAGUGCCGCAUGAAUAAUCAGCUGAUGGCCAAGGAGCCUCUGGAGAAACUAGGAUUCAAGGAUCUGAUGGACCAACCUCCCAGCCAAGCAGACAAAGACACUAAACCCUGAACAACACAAAGUCCUCAAAACCCAACGAGAGGCCAAGGCUGCUGUGAGACUGAGGCUGAACAGUCUGGCUUCAAGGAGUUUCAAAAUGUGGGCCUGCAAAAACCAAGGGGAGCUUUAUGGUCACAAUGUGGGCCCUGUGUGGGGGUACAGAGUACUCUUUGAUUUUCAUCAAUCCUUUUCUGUACAUAAGAAACACAUGUAAUAUAUAUGAAGAUGCUGCUUUGACGUGUCAAUAAAUAUUUUGUUUUUAAACUAAA